AUGGGCGCCCGGCCCUCGCGGCGACGGCUGCCCGCGGACCCGCCCCUAGCCUUAGACGCGCUGCCCCCGGAGCUGCUGGUGCAGGUGCUGAGCCACGUGCCGCCGCGCGCCCUGGUGACGCGCUGCCGCGCCGUGUGCCGCGCCUGGCGCGACGUGGUGGACGGGCCCACCGUGUGGCUGCUGCAGCUGGCCCGCGACCGCAGCGCCGAGGGCCGCGCACUCUACGCCGUGGCCCAGCGCUGCCCGCCCAACAGCGAGGACGAGGAGUUCCCGCUCUGCGCCCUGGCGCGGUACUGCCUGCGCGCGCCCCUCGGCCGCAACCUCAUCUUCAACUCCUGCGGAGAGCAGGGCUUCAGAGGCUGGGAGGUAGAGCACGGCGGGAACGGCUGGGCUGUGGAAAAGAACCUAACACUGGUGCCGGGGGCUCCUUCCCAGACCUGCUUCGUGACUUCUUUUCAAUGGUGCUUCAAGAGGCAGCUUGUAGACUUGGUGAUGGAAGGAGUGUGGCAGGAGCUGCUGGACAGUGCCCAGAUCGAGAUCUGUGUGGCCGACUGGUGGGGUGCCCGAGAGAACUGUGGCUGCAUCUACCGGCUCCGGGUCCGCCUCCUGGAUGUGUACGAAAACGAAGUGGUCAAGUUCUCGGCCUCACCCAACCCGGUCCUUCAGUGGACGGAGAGAGGCUGCCGACAGGUGUCUCAUGUCUUCACCAACUUCGGCAAGGGCAUCCGCUACGUGUCUUUUGAGCAGUAUGGGAGGGACACGCGUUCCUGGGUGGGCCACUAUGGCGCCCUCGUGACCCACUCCAGUGUGAGGGUCAGGAUCCGCCUGUCCUAG